AUGGGAGAUUCAGAUCGUGGCUUUAAUCCAUACGUAAAUAACGGAGGGACCGUAGUAGCUGCAACCUGGAAGAAUUACGCCGUUAUUGCAGCGGACACUCGAUUAUCCAUAGGAUAUGCCAUCCACACUCGCAACGUUUCGAAAAUGAUCAAACUAACCGACACUUGUAUUCUCGGCACCUCUGGUAUGCAAGCUGACAUGCUGGCUCUUCAUUCCGCCAUGGAGCGUCAAGUUGAACUGUAUCGCUUCACACAUCACAAGACUCCCUCGUUUGGCGCUAUAGCUCAGCUGCUGUCGACUAUACUAUACAGUCGCCGCUUUUUCCCAUACUAUACCUUUAACAUUCUCUGCGGUAUUGAUGAAAAUGGUAACGGGGUUGUUUGCAGUUAUGACGCCAUUGGAAACUACAAUUACGAAAAGUACGCGGCUCAAGGGACUAGCUCAUCUCUUAUCACAUCAAUUUUUGACUGCCAGAUUAAUGGUAACAACUGUUUGGUUAAGCCAGAGAUCAAAUCCCUCGAGGAUCUUGUAAAUAUCAUCAAAAAUGCUCUCGCAUCUGCUGUAGAACGUGACAUUUAUACAGGUGACUCUGCUCAAGUUGUAAUUUGCGAUGGCAUUGUGCACGAACCAGUAAUCAUGGAUCUGCGCAUUGAUUAA